AUGCCACCCGAUCCAAUAAUUGACGAAGAGGAGUAUGAGUCCUCCCAGGACUCGGACUUCGCGCCUGACGACGGCGUUGCAGCCGAGGGCGACUCCGAGGCGUCCGAGUCCGAAGCAGACGGCGACGAUGCCGCGACCAAGACGACGACGACCGCCGCCGCCACCACCACCAAACGCAAGCGCGAUACCAACGACAACGAGGCCGAGGACGCGGGCUUCGAAAAUUCGGGCGACGAGGCCCUGAUCAAGAAGGCGACGAAGAAGCAGAAGCGCAGGAAGGCCAAGGAUGCGGACGGCGUCCCGGACGAAGAGGACGAGGGAGGCGAAGGCGGGCUGGUCAAGACGCGGAGCAUGCGCGCCGGAGAGAAGGAGGAACGCAAGACCGCCGUCGCGUCCGGCCCGGUGACGGUCGACGUCGACGCUAUCUGGGCGCAGAUGCUCGCGGGCCAGACGGCGACGCCUUCGCCGGCCGGCCAGGGCAAUACGACCGUGGGAGAGGCCGAAACCCCGGUGACGAAGCAACCCGGUGCCGGUGCCGCCGCCGACGCCGCCGCCACCGAAGCAGAAGCAGAAGCCGCCGCCCCAACGAAACCGGACGGUGUCACGGCGGCAGGCGACCCCGCCGAGACGAUCCGCAUCAAGCGGACCUACAACUUCGCCGGCAAGGUGCACACGGAAGAAAAGCUCGUGGCGCGCUCCUCGGCCGAGGCGAAGCUCUACCUCGCCUCGCUCGGCAAAGACGCCUCCGCCGCCGCGCUCGAGUCCGGCGCGGACGCGGACGCGGACGAGGAGCCGAAACGCGUCCUCAAAAAGGCCUUCCGCUCGGCCUUUGAGCCCGUCGUCGAGGUCGCCAACCAGCGCCGCGCCGACCUGAACCUCGGCGUCACGCUGCGCAUCCAGGCGCGCGAGAAGGCCGCCGCGCAGGCCAAGAAGCUCAACACGGUCGAGAAGAGCAAGAUGGACUGGGCCGGCUUCGUCGACAAGGAGGGCCUCAAGGACGAGCUCGAGCUCGCGGGGCGGGCCAAGGGGUCCUACGCCGAGAGGCAGGACUUCCUGGCGCGCAGCGAGGCCAAGAGGGACGAGGAGGCGCGCCGCGCGAGGAUGGCCGGCCGCGUGCUGUGA